GGCAAGGAACUGUGGGAGAUGAGGCAGGAUUCAGUGUUGACUUCAGCGGGGCAGGUAUGCUGGAACAGGAGGUGCAGAUCGUCGGCCCGUCGGGUGUUGACGUCGUGUACGACACCCGGGAGCUGGGUCACCUCUGGCGUGACUACAUCUACGAGGCUGAGGAGCCCGGGCGAUACCAGAUCUACGUGAGAUACGCUGGCUUUGAACUGCCUGGAUGCCCAUUCACGCAGGAGAUAGCUGAUGGCGGAAUGCCUAGCGCCAGUGGGAGUGGUCUGUUCUUCGCUGAGCAAGACAAACCAGCCCAAUUCAUCGUGGACGUUGGACGACGCAAGGGAGACCUUAGAGUUUCUGUCAAUGGCCCCACCUCUGUUGGCAGAUGUACUGUGGACCCCAAUACAGACGGCUCCUACACUGUCACCUACGUGCCAGUGGAGACUGGAAUAUUUAAUGUGAACCUGUCGUGGAAUGGCACUGACAUACCAGGGAGCCCAUAUCACCCGAAGGUGGUGGACGUACGCAAGGUGCGCGUGAUCGGGGGCUGGCAGCACUUCAUGGACAGCAAUGAGAGGGUCAACCUGGUGGUGGGAGAGCGUAAACAGCUGCCAUUUGAUAUCGCUGAGGCCGGACCAGGAACACUGAGGGCGGAGGUGAAGGGUCCCUCUGGGUCAUUGCACGCGUCUGUAGACAACCAUACGAUGGGCAAGUCAGUUGUUGAGUUCAUACCUGAGGAGGAGGGCUCCCACUACAUUCACCUGUUCUGGUCUGACCUGCCGCUGGUUAACUCCCCAUUCCACGGGUACGCCAUUCAGCAGGUGCCCGACGCCAGCAAGCUCAUCCUUACUGGGCGGGGCCUGAAGGAGGCAACAGUGAGGGAGGAGGCGGAGUUUGUCAUCGACGGCUCACAGGCGGGAAAAGGAUCACCUGACGUAGUUCUCAGCGGAGUCCGUGAUGAAGUGAAUGUCAGAGUAAGCCCCCUGGGCAAUGGCAAGUUCCGCUGUAACUAUGUCGCAACAGUACCAGGCGCCUAUCUUCUCCACAUCACGUGGAAUGGGCGCCAACUCCGUGGUUCCCCCUACAAAGUGAACGUGAUCGGAGCGUUCUACCCGAACCGUGUCGUUGUGAGUGGGGAAGGUCUACGCGGAGGAAUCCUCGGUCAACGUAUUGACGUGGUGAUCGAUACACGAAAGGCUGGGCCAGGUGAGCUGACAGCGCACUGCAUGGGCCCCCACCAGGUGGCAUUCUGUGAGCUGGCAGACAGCAAGGACGGCACAUUCAACCUGGGAAUCAAGGCUCAGGAGUCCGGCCGCCACGUUCUACAGAUCAAAUAUGGCGGCGAGCAUGUAGAGGGUAGCCCAUUCACAUUCAAGGUGAACUCUCGUCCAGAUGCCAGCAAGGUGCGUGUGCAUGGCCCCGGCGUGGAGAAUGGUAUCCUCGCAACCUACGUCAGCAAGUUCAUCGUGGAAACCAAAGGGGCAGGGGCCGGGCAGCUCACUGUGAGAAUUAGGGGACCCAAAGGGGCGUUCCAGGUGGAGAUGUACCGUGACAGUCAGCGUGACCGUACGAUUGUGUGCCGUUUUGACCCCACGGAGUGUGGGAUGUACAUCAUCCAGGUGCGCUGGUCCAAUGUGGACGUGCCUGGGUCACCAUUCAAUGUGCACAUCCUUGAUACCACAGAAGAGUUAGAACAGGUGCUGAAUGAGAACUCAUACUCGAUUGGUACACCGCGAAGCCAGAGUAGCUAUGGUAACCGGCCUGCCACCCGCAUGGUACACCAAGGAGGGAGCCUCCCUGCACCCAGGACCCAGUACGGACAGUGGAGGGGACAGGUGUAUCCUGGGCAGUAGACAGGGAAAUGUGGAAACGGGGAAUAUGGAUGGAAAAAUGGAAGAAAAACUUGUGUCAAAACUGGACUGUUUAUGUUUAAUGUGGAACACCGGUACAGUGGAGAGAAAAUGGAGCAUAAUUGCUUAAAACUGGAAUGUGAAGGGAGAAUAUAUAACUUCCGACUGGAAUAAACACAUCAAAAGAUGCCAAAAUUUACAUAUUAGUAUACCACACCAAGUACAAAUGAAUAUGUCAGAAAAUGAUUGACAAUAGAACACAAUUUCAGAAAUGCAUAUUUAAUAAUAAUGUAUAAUGGAUGUGACAAUACAAUUUGAAAUUUUGCGAUACAUGUAAUAUUUAUUUGGUCAAACAUAAAUUAAAUAUAAAUGAAACAUAAUGUAAUGUGUGAUAUUAGAUGUUUACAAUCAGAAAUAUCAGAUGCUGAUCGGUCUUAAAGUGGUGACAAUUCAUCAUGUAUGUUGAAAGUUACCAAAGUUUGUUUAAAGAAUACAUGUAUUAUAUGUGUUUGUUUAAUUUUACUUUACCAUCGUCAUUGUUUAUGCAACAUACAGGCAACAGAAUGGUUAUUUUGCUGAAUAAUUCACUAUUUGCUUAAUAAUGUAUGUACAUGUAUAAUAAUGUAUAUGAUUAUCAAACACAUUCCAUAGUUUAUUCGCUGAUAUUAUGUUUAUACACUUUAAGAGUUUAAAAGUAUUUUGCAUCAAUUUACUCACGUUACACAGAUUACUAACAGCUGCGCAUUUAUCUGCGUUUGUGGUAGAGUAUCAUAUAAACUUUAUUAGUCAAAAUAUUGUUGUGUAAUGAAUUAAGAGUAGAUUUCUUAUAGUGGUAAUAUUACAAUACAGCUGUACAAAUAUAUUAUAUCUUUUUUUUAAUGAAAAUAUGUUUGAUGCAUAGUUCUCGUUAAGAAUUUUGUUUAUAUUUCUUUAUUGACAUUGUUAAACGUUUUUGUGUAGUGGGAUUGUUUAUAAAAAUGUUAUUUUUGUUAUGUGAUUUACCCAUUGCAGAACUAAGCAAAACUUUGUAGUUUUUAUAUAAUAUACAUGUAAUAUACAAUAGAAAAUACUCUUUAUUAUAUAAACUUGUAAAUAAAGUUACACAAUAAAAUUCGUUUUUGUA